UCGGACCGCACCGACGGCGGUGCCAGCAGCUUCCUGCAGCUGAUGAGCCGGCGCAUCGACGAGCUGGCCGACUACGUGCCGUUCAUCGUGGAGCCGAGCAGCGGGGCGGUGCCGCCCGGCCAGUCGGCCGUCUUCAGCGUCCAGUUCGCGCCACUCGACGUGCAGGAGUUCAGGGCCACCCUGCGCUGCAGCAUCCCGCACCUGCCGGAGGAGACGGCUGCGCCGGAGGUCAGUCUGUGGGGCCGCGGCGUGCUGCCCGUCUGCCACUUCGACCUGGAGGCGACGGGCUGCCAGGAGGGGCCCGGCUCGUCCGCGCCCGACGACUGCGACCUGCGCCUCGUGCAGAUCAGCGCCGUCGGCCUGAACCGGAAGGUGGCCAGGACCUUCAGCGUCAUUAACCCGACGGAGCGCAGCUGGCACUACACGCUCGUCGGCGGCGACGGCGCCGGGCCGCCGCGCGUCGGCUCGUUCGGCUGCUCCAACCGGUCGGGAGUGGUCCACGCAGGCCAGCGGGCACGGAUCACGUUCGAGUUCUUCCCUCGCUCGGAGGGCACGUGCGAGUCGCGCUGGCAGUUUGUGGUGCGGGAGCACGAGCUGACCGUGCAGCUGCUGCUGGUGGGCACUGCCCGCGAGCCGGCCAUCUACCCCAGCCAGCCGCUGGUGCAGCUGCCAGCCGUGCUGACGGGAAUGUCAUCGCACGGCUCGCUCUGUCUGGUGAACGAGGAGGAGACGGCGCUGCGCUACCAGCUGGACCUGGACUCGUGCUACUCAGCCAACCAGGCGCUGCGCCUGAACGUGCAGCCGAUAGAAGGCCUGGUGCCCGCCAAGGGGGUGGCCAACCUCAGCCUGCAGUUCAGCGCGCCGGCCGACGGCGAGGCCGAGUUCAGGCUGCGCUUCCACGUGGAGUCGCGACCGUCGGGCGUGCUGGUCACGGUGCGCGCCGAGGGCUACACGCUGUGCGCCGAGGCCACGCUGCAGGAGGUGCGGGGCCGCGGCCGAGCGCUCAGCGCCACCGCCGUCAACCAGCUCGACCUCGGCCUGAUUCCUUGCCGGGACACUGUGUUCCGGACUGUCGAGGUGACCAACACGGGCGGCUACCCGUUCACCCUCGAGAUGGAAAACGGCACCGAGGCGCCGCCGCCGCGCACCACCGUCACUCUCUGGCCGGACAGCAGGGAGCUGGUGGAGCCCAGGAAGCGCAUCACCUGCAAAGUUGGUGUGUCCUGCGCCUCUAAGAUCAAAUUUUCAAACAUCAAGAUACUGAUCAAGGUGGUGAACGGCCCGUCCUUCGUGCUGCUGGUGCGCGGCGCGGCCGAGCCGCCCAACGUGACCUACUCGUUCACGUCCCUGGACCUGGGGCCCUGCUUCCUGCAUCAGGAGGGCAUGCCGGCCAUCGUGUCGGAGCUGAAGCUGGAGAACCGGGACCGACAGCCGGUCAGCAUCGGGGUGGAGCACGAGGACGUGCCGUUCCUCCAGAUCGACUUCAAGCAGGCGGUGGUGGCGCCGUCGGACAAAGUGACGGUGCCGAUCGUGUUCGUGCCGCUGGAGGCCAAGAGGUACCGCCAGCUGGUCAACGUCGUCGUCAACGGCCAGGUGCACAAGACGAUCCCCGUGUGCGGCGAAGGAAUCCGCUUCCAGGUGGAGGUGGCUGACCCGGAGCACAGGCGUCUGGUGCUCGGUUCGUUCCGGGCCGGCCAGCGGCUGCAGCGCUCCGUCACAGUCGUCAACCGCGCCGACGCCGCCGUCCGCUGCAAGUUCCAGCUGAGCUGCAGCUCGCCGGGCCUGCAGAACCUGGCGACGCCGGUGCUGCGGCUGCGGCCAUCCGAGGCCGAACUGCGGCCGCGCUCCACGCUCCUGCUGGAGCUGCAGUGCUUCUCCAAGACGCGGCUGGCCUGGUUCCAGGAGGAGGUCCGGAUGAGCGCCCUGGGCCUGACACACACCCUGAUGACGCUCGAGGGCACGUGCCAGGGCAUGGAGUUCCACCUGGACGUGCCUAACCUGUCGUUCGGCGCCGUGGCCGCCUAUUCCAAGCUCGCGCGCAACGUCUGUGUCAUCAACAGCGGCGACAUCGGAGCCAGGUUCCGCUGGCCGGUGGAGCCGCUGCAGCCGGAGUUCGCGGUGCGGCCGCUGCACGGCUACGCGGCGCCCAGGUCGCGCGUCGUCUGCGAGGUGACGCUGCAGCCGCGCGAGCUCAGCAGCGUCAUCAAGAAGGGCGUCACGUGCGAGGUGGAGAACUACGGCAGCCUACCUCUGACGCUGACGGGCGCAUGUGUUCCCGUCACCACCGCCAAAGAGCCGCUGCAGUUCCUGGCUGCGGUUCGCGGCGAGGACGUGCGCUCCAUACAGAUACCUAACAAGACCAACACCGCCUGGGAGGUGGUGCCGGUGGUGUCGGGCGAGUUCUGGCGCGGUCAGGAGGUGCUCAGCGUGGCGGCCCAGUCUGUCGGCGCCUACGCCCUCACCUACCGUCCGAUGGUGAUGACGCCGCCCGGCCAGAAACACACGGGCUCGGUGUUCCUGGCGCUGCCGGACGGCUCCGCGCUGCUGCACGGUCUGGUGGGCAGCGCCGACCCGCCGCAGCCGGCCGGCCGCCUCUCCAGCGACAUCGCCAGCAAGACGACCCACGCCCAGACGGUGGACGUGCAGAACUGGCUGGCCGAGUCGCAGAGGUUCUCGGCCCGGGCUGAGGUGGUACGCAGCGAAAAGGACAAGACGGACCUCUCCAGUGUUGGUCUGAACGGCCUGGACUUCCUGGACGUGCCGGCGCUGGCCACAGUCCCGUACACGCUGAACGUCUACUGCUACAAGGAGGGCACCUUCCACGUCAAGCUGACGUUCACCAACGACGCGAGCGGCGAGUACCUGUUCUACGAGCUCAGCUACCGGGUGGCCAAGACGCACGAGCGGCGCCGCGUCGAGCUGCACACGGUGGUGCGCAGGGCCGUGGCCCACUCCGUGGUUCUGGAGCGACCGCUGGAGUCGCCCAUGACCUGCCAGGUGACCUGCAACAUGAACGAGCUGAUCCUCGGCCACCACGGCACGCUCCACUUCCCGGCCGGCCAGGAGGCACGCGUGGCAUUCGAGUGUCUGCCGCUGCGAGAGGGCAGCAGCGAGGCACCGCUGGACGUGCACAGCCAGGAGAUGGGCACGUACGGGUUCGAGGUGCAGGUGACGGCACGGCCGGCGCCGCUGGCCGGCACCGUCCAGCUCAGCUGUCCGCUCGGGCAGAGCGUCACGCGCCAGGUCAAGUUCACCAACUUCAGCCGCACCCGCGCCGAGUACGCCACUCAGCUGGUGAGCCUGCAGCAGCUGUCUGAUCCGGGCGAGCUGAGCCCCUCGCCAGAGCCGCCCACCCGACGCGUCCGCGGCUCGGCGCGCGCUGACCGCGACGACGACAAGCCCAAGACGUUCGCCGAACUGCUCAGCCAGAUGCUGGCCAAGGGCGACGGCAAGGAGCUGCAGGUGGACCGGUCGGUGAACACGCCGCCCGGCUGGCCCCAGGGCGUGGAGGCCAGCUUUGACCUGACCUACGAGCCAAUCGACGUGUACAGCCUGGAGCGGGGAGUGGUGCUCAGCUCACCCCACGGCGGAGAGUACAGGUUUGCCGUACACGGCACGUGCACGGCGCCCGAGCCGCAGGGACCGUUCAGCAUCAAGACGGGCACAAACCUCGUCAUACCGUUCAAGAACAUCUUCCCGGCCACGGCGCAGUACUCGUACUAUGUGGACUCGCCGUACUUCGCCAUACAGAAGACGCCGGAAACCAUCCGCGCCAAAAAGGAAAUUCGCGUGACGGUGAGCUUCGACCAGAGCCGGGGACCUCCGGUGGAGCUGACUGCCAGCCGACCAAUCACCGGCUGUCUGACCAUCUCGGGCCCGUCGCUGCCGCGCGGCCUCACGCCCGCCUGGCGCUACUACCUACGUGGUCUGCCCGCCGACAAGUGACCGGCGGCGGCGCCGUGGCACGCAGGCGGCGGACCCCCCGACGAAUCGAACGGCUCUUGCGGCGAUAGCGGCGCGGAGGGGACACGAUGAACCGACGCUGCGCUGGGUUGGUUCAGAGGUAUUAUUACGUUGUGGAGUCAGUGGGAAGCUAUCCAGAACGUACAGCAGUGAGCGUGCAAUAUUGGGGCAGAGUAAAUUUGGGGCAAAUCGACUGUUUUGUGCAACUGAGCGAGGUUUGGCUGGCGUGAGCAUCGUGUGCAUGUCAAAACAAAAAGUUCCUGGGAAAAGGCAACGCAUUAGACCGCGUGGGGUUGCCCGUACC